AUGUACCGGUACUUCGGAGAGUUCCUCACCCGGGGAGCUGCCCUGGCCUCGGGCUGCAGCGCCGCCGAGUCCGCUCUGCCCGCGGCAGCGGCUCUGCUGCGGCACCGCGGCUACAGCCAGGCCGUGGACCGGGACGACGACCCCAACUUCUUCACCAUGGUGGAGGGCUUCUUCGACCGGGGAGCCGCUAUCGUGGAGGACCAGCUGGUGGCGGACCUGAAGACCCGGGACAGCCCCGAGCAGAAGAAGAAGACGGUCCGCGGGAUCCUGCGGAUCAUCAAGCCGUGUAACCACGUCCUGAGCGUCUGCUUCCCCAUCAAGAGAGACAGCGGCGAGUGGGAGGUGAUCGAGGCGUACCGGGCUCAGCACAGCCAGCACCGGACCCCCUGCAAGGGAGGUAUUCGUUACAGUACAGACGUGUCGAUAGACGAGGUGAAAGCUCUGGCCUCGCUGAUGACGUACAAAUGUGCUGUCGUUGAUGUUCCGUUUGGUGGAGCCAAAGCCGGAGUGAAGAUCAACCCAAAGAAUUAUUCUGACACUGAGCUGGAGAAGAUCACCAGGAGGUUCACGAUCGAACUCGCCAAGAAAGGUUUCAUCGGACCUGGUAUCGAUGUUCCUGCCCCCGACAUGAGCACCGGCGAGAGGGAGAUGUCCUGGAUCGCAGACACCUACGCCACCACCAUGGGAUACUUGGACAUCAACGCUCACGCCUGUGUCACUGGGAAACCCAUCAGUCAGGGAGGGAUCCACGGCCGCAUUUCUGCCACCGGUAGAGGCGUUUUCCACGGCAUCGAGAACUUCAUCAACGAGGCGGCGUACAUGAGCCAGCUGGGAAUGUGUCCCGGCUUCCAGGACAAGACCUUCGUCAUCCAGGGGUUCGGUAACGUGGGUCUUCAUUCCAUGCGUUACCUUCAUCGCUUUGGAGCCAAAUGUAUCGGAGUCGCAGAAAUGGACGGAAGCAUCUGGAACCCCAAUGGCAUCGACCCCAAAGAGCUGGAGGACUACAAACUGGACAACGGGACGAUCGUGGGCUUCCCGAACUCGACGCCGUACGAAGGAAGUCUCCUGGAGGCCGACUGCGACAUCCUGAUCCCGGCCGCCGGAGAGAAACAGCUGACCAAGAGUAACGCACACAAGAUCAAAGCCAAGAUCAUCGCAGAGGGCGCCAACGGGCCGACCACGCCCGAGGCCGACCGCAUCUUCCUGGAGAGAAACAUCAUGGUGAUCCCGGACAUGUAUUUGAACGCCGGUGGUGUCACGGUGUCGUACUUCGAGUGGUUGAAGAAUCUGAACCACGUCAGUUACGGUCGACUCACCUUCAAAUACGAGCGAGAGUCCAACUACCAACUGCUCAUGUCGGUUCAGGAGAGUUUAGAGAGAAAGUUUGGGAAACAUGGAGGCGCCAUCCCCAUCGUCCCCACCUCCGAGUUCCAGACCAGAAUCUCUGGAGCAUCUGAGAAGGACAUUGUUCACUCAGGUCUGGCCUACACGAUGGAGCGCUCUGCCAGGCAAAUCAUGAGAACAGCCAACAAGUACAACUUGGGUCUUGAUCUGCGGACGGCAGCGUACGUCAACGCCAUCGAGAAAGUCUUCCAUGUUUACAGGGAGGCCGGUCUCACCUUCACAUAGACUCACCUCCAUCCACCUGCACGUCUGUUACCUGUCUGUUACCUGUCUGUUACCUGUCUGUUACCUGUCUGUUACCUGUCUGUUACCUGUCUGUUACCUGUCUGUCCCCUGUCUGUCUUCAGAACAGAGUUUACAGUUCCUUGCGGCGGCGGCGGCGGCGUGAAUGAAGACGCUGAAUCUCUGCGUCUGUUUCUUUCUGCUCACAAUCUUUUUCUCUCUUGAAUUUUAAGAAUAAACCGGAGAAACCUCGAGUCUUCAGCUUUAAACGGGGCGAGUCCCCACUGUGCUGCUUCCUGACGAAUCCUUAAUCAACCUGAAUAUAUAGAUUUGAGUAUAUAUAAUUUCUGUUAUCUAAAAUAAGCCUUAAUACCACAGAGACUUGACACCAUUUGCCUGAGAUACACUUUGAGGCCAAAAGUAUGUGCACAACCUCAUUUUAUAUAUAUAUAUAUAUAUAUAUAUAUAUAUGAAAAUAUUUCUAUUAAAUAAAUAGUUGAAUUUGUACUCAUUAUUUACGAUAAUUUUCUGAACAGUUGUCGAAAGUAGAAGCGGCUUUAAGACGAGACAACGAUUAAUCUUCGUCAAUGAGCUGCUCAAAUCAUUAUUUAAAGCAAAAGUAAUAAAACAUCUUUCCUGAUGUUAACGUGAACAUCGGAUAAUCUCUAGCAACUAACUCUGCAACUAGAGAUUAUCCUCUGAUAAUUAUGGAUUAUUGUUUUGGUAAAUAAUUUAGGGAAGAGGAAUAAAUAUCCACGAUGGCCUCGUUUAAAGCACAGACACAGGAACAGUUCUUAAAAUGAUCCUGUUAUUGAUUUGAAAUGUUACAGGAGCACAGUGUCAGGUGUCCACAUACUUGUGUCCAGUUGUGUACUCUGUGUUCUUUUUGUAUCGUGCGACGCACACGUGCCUCAGGACUUCAGCUUUGAUAUUAACUUUAUUAAAGGAUCAUUCCUGUGUUUUUGUGGUUUCUGGUCUGUUUACAGUUAAUCAACAGUUUACUCAUCAAUCAGCUGGUAGUGAAUUCUUUACUGCUUAUAAGCAGCUUAAUAACAUGUAAUAAACUGAUAACAGUCUGGUAUUAAGCAUUAAAUACAUGUUAAUAAUCUGCCAAUGAACAGUAAAUACUGUUGUCGAUAACUUUAAUUUUUCAUUAAAUUCCUCAAAGCUUCAGCAGAAAGUAAACUAAAGAUGUUGAAACUUGUAAAAACUCGUGGAUUGAUCCUUUAGCUCGUUAUUUCUUCUGGUUUUUAAAUUUAAACCUCGUCAGACACUUUGCUGCUUUUUCUCUUUAGGUCGUGACAUCGUUGAUGCUAAUGCUAAUGCUAAUGCUCCAUAACAUACCAUGUGGUCAAGAAACUUACCUUAACUAUGCAAAUCCCUGCUGACUGUGUGUUGUGGCCCCCGAGUCCCCCAGGAGCCACACGCCACUCAACAAAUGCACAAAUUCAAGACUUUGUUUACUGUUGUACCCCCCCCAUGCAAACAUCAGCCAAGAGUCUGAGCUGAACUUUAAAUCCGGGGAGGUUUUGAUCUUUGAUGGUAAAACGGGGCUAAAACUUUAUUCUCUGUCAGUUACAAGAUUCGGUGUGAGGGAGUUUUUAUGCUUUUUUGUUCAAAUGAAAUAAAGUAGAAGUAAAGUCGU